GUCGGCGGGGCGUGGCGCACCGCUGGUGAGAGGGCCGCGGGCAGACGGUGCUCUGUACCCUGCGGCUGAGCGGACUCCGGGCUGGACAAACGUGCAAACUCGAGUCGGCAGGAGCCGCACAGACUUCCCGACAUGGCGGCCACUACCAUCGCAACCCAGAGAGGGCCGGUGUUCAUUGGAGAAUUGCCACAAGACUUCCUUCGCAUUGUACCAACUCAGCAGCAGCAGCAAGUACAACUUGAUGCACAGGCAGCUCAACAAUUGCAGUUUGGAACAGAUACAGCUACUAUGGGCAGACUAAGCAUCACAGUGGUACAGGCAAAACUGGCAAAAAACUAUGGAAUGACACGCAUGGAUCCAUAUUGCAGAAUACGUCUUGGAUAUGCUGUAUAUGAGACACCCACAGCGCACAAUGGGGCAAAAAACCCAAGAUGGAACAAAGUUAUACAGUGUACUGUGCCUCCUGGGGUUGAUUCAUUUUACCUGGAGAUAUUUGAUGAGCGAGCUUUCUCCAUGGAUGAUAGAAUUGCUUGGACUCACAUAACUAUCCCGGAAUCACUAAAAGAAGGGAAAGUGGUGGAUGAAUGGUACAGCCUUAGUGGGAGACAAGGUGAUGACAAAGAGGGAAUGAUCAACCUUGUCAUGUCUUAUUCAACUCUGCCACCAAAUAUGUUUGUGCAGCCACAGCCAGUAGUGCUGAUGCCUACUGUCUAUCAACAGGGAUUAGGAUAUGUGCCAAUUACAGGACUUGAGUAUUUUGCAUUGGGUGUGCCAACUGUUUAUACACAAGGAAUGAUCCCUGUUGGAGCACCAACACAGGUUUCUGCUCCACAAAGUCUGUACAAUGAGGAAGAUCUCAAAUCGAUCCAGGAUAUGUUCCCUAACAUGGACAGAGAAGUGAUCCGCUCAGUGUUGGAAGCACAGGCAGGCAACAAGGAUGCAGCAAUUAAUUCCUUGCUUCAGAUGAAUGAAGAAUCAUAGGAAUGUGGUCAGUCAAUGUUGCCAAGGCCUCAUCAUAACCGAAGUAUUUCUGCAUCAAAGACUUUGAGCUUUCUCUCUGCAGAUUUAUCUGUUUUAAGAAUGCACGUGUCCAGUAAUCAGCACAUUGUACAAAGUUUGUAACUGUAUUAAACAUAAAAAGCAUUCCAUAAUCUUAGUGCACAUGCUUAAGAUUAGAGGCUGGUGAAAUCACCUUGUGGAUAUCGCUUACCAAAAGGUUCCCUGCUGAGCUUUGUUUAACUUGAUGCUCAUGUUUUUUCCAGUGGGUCUGUCAUGUAUUCUGCAGAAUUGUGCACAUUGUUCAGCUGUCAAAAGCUUUAACAGACUAUUGUUAUUCAAGAGUUUAUUAAAAAUGUAUAUUAGUUGGAAA